AUGGUUUUUAUACAGUCCAUUGCAUUUUGUGCUCGAAAACGACGUCCUGCAGGAGGAUCUGCUCAAGAAAAAUCCCUCACAUCAGCAAGUUCAAUGAAACAGUCAGAUAAAACUCCAGCCGAAAAAAUUCCACAACAAAAGAGUGAAGACCAUGUAUUUUGCCUACCACAGACAAAAGUAGCGGAAGAGACCACCAAUUUGAAAUCUCUGGACGAUGAUCCAAAGAAUCCAUUGCUUGAUCCAAGAGUACGAGCACGUUUGAUGCAACCACCCAAAGCGCCGGAAAAAACACAGUGUCCGGAGACAGCGAAUGUCGCAGACACAAUAUAUAAUGUCGAUAAGCAAAAAAUGGGGCAGAAUGACAUGGCAAAAAACGUGCCAAAAGAAGGAGUAAUUGAGGAAAACAAGAUCAGUAAAACUUCUAAUCCGUCACCGCUACAAAAAUGCUAUAUAGUAUCAAAAAUGGCUAGUCUUUCGCGUAGGAAACAGAAUAAUGAUAGAGGAAGGGAGCACUCACCGAAAAUCACAAAAGCAAUUAUUCCACAACGAAAAAAUGACGUUGAUGCGCCUGCCAGUGGGCACGAACUUAAUGUGGAAACAAGCUCAUCUUCUGGAUGUCCGUCUCCUUCUGUAAAUAUGGACCCUAUUCUUGUAUCUCAUUACAUGGCACCAGUAGCGGCUGAGUUGCAACUGGUUCUAACAAGCUCUAAGACGGGAAACGCCGUAAAGCACUUUUUGACUUUUCAAGUCAAAAAGUGUCAAACGCAGUCAAACGCAUAA